CAAAGAAUCCGGAUUGAAGUGCAAGAGUUACAGGAACACAACACCGCACAGUUGGCAGGAGUUCUCAGUGGGUCAGGACUUAAGGGUCUGAUGUAUGAGCCUGUGUUUGAGAGACGAACUUACCCGAGUUAAAAGAAUAUUCAGUAUGUUGCCCACGGGAUAGGUAUGGAGUGCAUAAUAAAUCAACUAAACUAAAGCAUGUGAUUGGCGAGAGCCCGGGCCAUGAGUCCCGCCUUGCUUCUCCAGGUACCUGGGAGUUAGACAACUGUGGUGGGUUACAUGCUGGGGAAGGUUUGCCGUUGGCCUAGAAGGAUCUUGUUUGUCAUUUGUUAAUGAAAAGACAGUAAGAUGCUGCAGAGUGGCGCCAAGGAACGUAUUAAAAAAAAAAAUACAAACACUCCUCUUCAGAAGAAAGUUACUUUUUGCGGACCUAUUAUGGCCACGAAAGGAGACAAAUUACGGAAUGUAGGAACAAAGAAAAUUCCAAGAAAACGAACUCUUCUUUCAUCUCCUCUCAAGUCAUCCCUCAUGGACCAAGUUACACAGCCAGUCCAACACAUGCAUUUGCAAUCAGCAAGUAGUGAAAUUAAUAAACCUCACUCAAAAACUACCGUUAUUGGGAUACCAACAAAGACUAGAUUAAAUUGCAACCAUUUGAGACCUAAAUGCCAAUGUUCUGUUAUUGACAUUAAGAAGAGAGUGAACAAAGAAAGAAAAAAAUCUGGAAUAUCUGAUAUGCCACGAAGAAUGUUGAUUUCAACCCGUUCACUACCGAGAGGCGAGAUGAAUGGACGUAAAAAUUAUAAAGAAACACAUGACUCUGUGUCUAUACUUGAUGGAAAUUGGAGACCUGGUGUAGAUGCAUACUCAAACAAUAUUGGAGAAGAAGCAUUAAAUGCCUACAGUAAAUGUGUUAGAAAUAAUGGAAAUACACAAGAGAACAAGGAAAAUUCUAAGAAAAAAGUUCAGUUCUCUGAGAAAUCCAUCAAACAAAAUGGAUCAAGAAAGGUUAACAACUUUCAACUUGGUAAGAAUAUAAAUACUCUUAGAGAAAUUGAUUCCAGUCAAGACCAUAGCCAAAACGACAGUGAUUGCUCAGACUUUUCAUUGAACAACUACUCAGACCACCCUAAUAGUUCCAGCAACAUUAAGGACCAAUCUCAAACAUUAGCUUCCCCUAACUAUCAGUCACAGCCUGGUAAUGAUUUAGAUGAUAGUGAUAAUGCAGUGAAAUUUAAUAGAGAAAGAAAAACUAGAGAAGAAUAUUGCAGGCUCUGUGACUUGCCCAGAUAUCAAUAUCCUCAUACUUCUUUAUUAGACAGAAUGACAUACAAAUCAGAUGCACAUCAUGAUAAAGACUACUUAUUGGAUCCCAUACAAUAUUUAUCAAAAUAUGAAAGUGAAGAGCCGUGUUUACUGUGCAGAAGGUAUGGGGGAUGGCAUUACUUUAAUGAUGAAAAUUUCUGUGAGUUAUGUGAGAGACAUAAAGCCAAUUCUCAUACACCAUCAGAUUUGAAAGAUUCUACAAAAACAUCAUUAUAUGAAACUGGAAAUCCUGUACAAAAGAAGCUGCCAUCACCUAUGCUUCACUCGGACAGUGAAGAAGAACCUGUGUUUACGAAAAGGAUUCCUUAUGAGCCAAGAACUGAACUAGUGAAAAACCUAAAACAAAAGCUGGAGGAAGAUUAUCGGAAUGAUGAACACUUGUCCAGAACAAAUCACUUUCGGAGAAGAUGGAGAUCAUGGGAUGCAAUGGAUUUAGAAGCAUCUCGGCAUUCUCGUCUCCAUGGCUAUCAUAAAGCACAGGAUUACGUCUCUUGUAAUAAAUGUGUCCACCACUACCUACAAAAUGAACGUUUGUUCUUAGAGCCUACUUUAACCAACAGGAAAGGUCAAAGUGUGUGUGUGCAGUGUGGUUCAUGCCAGCCAUCUGAUCCAGUGAAAGAUCCUUUUCUUUAUCACAUUACUCUUGGGGAAAUGAAGAACUUUGCAGAACCUAUUGAUAAAUCCAUGAAGCUGGCAGAUUCAGCUAGUGAAAUUGGUACCAAUUAUCACCCUUCUAAACGUCCAGGUGAUCAAUCAAAGCAUUUAUAUGCCACAUUAAAUAAAGCUGUUGGUAGCAUACUUCCUGGAAGCUCUGGCUACAAACUGCACCCCAGAGUCGUGGACAAAAUAAAAUAUGGCAACAUUUCCCAGACUAAGCGACACCCUAACAGAUCCAUGGCACUUUUGGAUCAUUUAGCUUAAAAGCUCAAGAAUUGCAAGUGGUCUUAUGGUAAAGAAAAACCUUUAGCUAGUUCAAUAUUUAUUAAAUGUACAGAGCAAAUAAUCUGAUUUGGCAGCAAUAUUUUGCCUGCUUUAGUAAAGUUUCACAUUUGAAUUUUGUUUUAGUUAACAGUAGAAUGUUGCUAUAAAAACAAAAAAUGCUUUACCUUAACAUGGCUGCUUACAAUUUAGCUAUUACCAUGUACUUUUAUACAGAAUUGUAAUCUAAUGUACACAAUAAAUUAAUAUCAAUUA